AUGUCGGCAAUACCCAGGAGCGACGAAUCGGUUUCGUCCCCUCGACCAUUACACACCCCCUCCCGUCAAAUGGUUUCCAACAUCUCAAGCCUCCUCCCUUCGGCUCCUGCUAGCCCUCCUACUCCGGCUCCUAGCCCGACCCCGCAGAUCCACCGCCUCCCAACCUGGUCGACGGCGAACGCUAGCGAGGACACCUUUCUUCGAGAUGCUCGUCCUCAUUUUCUAAGACUCGACGCGUCCGAAAAGCAAAGAUUCCUCGCCGAAAUCCUAAACCUAUGCGAUUCGCAGCAGCUUAGUUUCGUUCUCAACUACGUCUCUCCGAGAUUAAAGAAAGAUCCCUUCAAGACGUUACCUAAUGAGCUUUGCCUUCGAGUCCUUUCCUUCAUUGAUGACCCAAAAACCCUCGCCAGGGCCUCCCAAGUCUCAAAACAGUGGCACGCCCUGCUCAACGAUGACCUUACCUGGAAAAAGCUCUGUGAGAAACACAGUUAUCGUCGUCUGAGUAACCACAGCCCUUCUCAAGCAGCUGCUUUCCGGGCACAAUCUAUCGAUCAUCCGAUGUCGGAUCCUGUUAGCCCUUCGCAAUCUACAAAGAACUCUGGUUUCACUUCCGAGAUCACAUCACACUAUUCGUUACCUCGAAGGCGACCAAAACCCAUUAGUUAUAAAUCCCACUUCAAGCAAAGAUAUAUGGUUGAGACGGCGUGGAGGAGCGGAGGAAAGGCUAUUGCAAGGCAUAUCACGCCUGAUCAAGGAGUUGUCACCUCCCUCCACCUUACGCCCAACUAUAUCGUCGUCGCUUUGGAUAAUGCGAAGAUUCAUGUCUUUGCUGAAGAUGGACGCUUCCUCCGGACACUGUCCGGGCAUGUGAUGGGUGUUUGGGCAAUGGUUCCAUGGGAUGAUGUUCUAGUGAGCGGCGGUUGUGACAGGGAUGUCAGGGUUUGGAACAUGGCUACAGGGCAAUGCAACCAAGUUCUGCGAGGUCAUACCUCGACGGUCCGCUGCCUCAAGAUGAGCGAUUCAAAGACCGCCAUCUCAGGAUCUCGAGAUACAACCUUGAGAAUUUGGGACAUCGAAAAGGGUGUUUGCCUCAAUAUACUUGUCGGGCACCAGGCCAGUGUUAGAUGCUUGGAAAUCAGUGGAGAUUAUGUCGUCAGCGGUUCCUAUGACACCACAGCAAAGAUAUGGAGUAUCUCGCAAGGUGCUUUGUUACGGACACUCACUGGUCAUUUCAGUCAGAUUUAUGCUAUCGCCUUUGAUGGCCAGCGAAUUGCUACAGGUUCCUUGGAUACUUCAGUUCGUAUCUGGGAUGUAGAGUCUGGUGCUUGCCAAGCCAUUCUUCAAGGACACACUUCACUUGUUGGCCAACUCCAGAUGCGUGGGAAGACACUGGUUACCGGUGGUUCUGACGGGUCUGUUCGUGUUUGGAGUUUGGAUAAAAUGCAAUGUGUUCAUCGUCUCGGAGCCCAUGACAAUAGUGUUACAUCGCUCCAAUUUGAUGACACCCGCAUUGUUAGCGGAGGUAGUGACGGUCGUGUAAAGAUUUGGGAUCUUAGAACUGGUGUGUUGGUUCGUGAACUCUCGAGUCCCGCUGAGGCAGUCUGGAGGGUCGCAUUUGAAGAGGAGAAGGCAGUCAUUCUUGCUUCGAGAGGUGGAAGGACGACAAUGGAGGUUUUCUCAUUUUCACCACCACCUGAAGCUUUCGCCGAAGCAUAUCGAGCCAGUAGCCCAACAGAAUCGGAUACCAUCUAUGAUGACGUCCCCAUGGAAGAAGUAGAUAUGAAUACACAGUUCGCUGCCUCAAUGGAUACAUAG